AUGAGUUUAAAUACAAAAUCAUCCAGCAGAAUCAAUGGAUGGUCGUUGCCAAUUCAUCCUUUACAAUGUCUAUCCUGGUUCGCUACUGCUCUGUUCUCGAUAAUCUACUUUGGAAUACUUGUCCCAUCUAUCGUCAUUCGAGCCAGAAUUCCUCUUUUUGUUAUCAAUGCCGUGUGUAUUGCUGCUUAUAUUGUUCUUAAUAUAAUUGCGGUGAGUAUUAAUCCAGCUGAUACAGCUGUCAGAGAAAAACAAAAAUCGCGUGGAAAUAAAGUUUCCUCUUUGGAUCCUAAACAUGUACAUGUGAUUGAGAACUUUUAUUGUAAUUUGUGUGAGCUGCCAAUCUCAAGUUCCCGAACAAAACACUGCAAAAGUUGCAACAAAUGUAUCGCUGAUUUUGAUCAUCAUUGUAAAUGGCUUAAUAAUUGUAUAGGUAGUCGCAAUUAUACAUAUUUUGCUGGGAUAAUCACAAUGGCUUGUCUGUCACUUAGUAUAUCCACGAGUCUUUCUCUGUCCUUGGCUGUCGCAUAUUAUUCAGAUCGUCCAUAUGGAUAUUGGAUACAAGCAUAUCAGGAUUACUGGCAAACAUUCACCAAUGGGACCAUUGAACAUCUAGAUUAUUUAAUAAACAAUGAUGGAGUUUUCCGCAUAUUCGGUUUAAAUUCAUCUGGAUUGGUUUUCUUUAUAAUCGCUAUUGUUGGAUGUUUAUUUACUUUUUGCAUUGAUGCCUUUUUGGUACAUCUAAUCAUCUUUCAUAUAUACUUGUAUAUAAAAGGUAUGACAACAUAUGAAUUUAUAGUUUUACAACGUCAAAAAUCUAAUCCAUCUACUGAAAAUCAAACAUCUAAUAAUGUGGAUCAAAGUAAAAAGAAAAAUCUAUUCUGUAGUAUUGAAUAUAUUGAUUUAUGUGAAAAAGAAAAUAUUGCUGAAAUGUCAUCACAGAGUCAAUCAAAUGGACCAUUUACUACAAGUAGUAAAGUUGUUUUAUCUUUACCAUCCACUGGUAAAUCAUCCGAUCAACCAAUUGUAACAGGUGAUUUAGCCAAUAAUAGCAGUAGUAUUUGCUCAGAUAGACCACAAACUAUCUCUAAUAGUAAAAUAUUUCCUGAUGGAAAAGAAUGUCUGCCUUCAAUUUCAACGUCUAAUUUCAUAUCAGAAAGUACACAACGAGAUAAUCCGGUAUAUUUAUCGUCCCUAGGCAAAAAUUCUGAUUUACCUCUUGAUGUAAAUAAACGUGAUCUAACACGGGUAGAUAGUGAUGUUUCACAAGAUUUGAGUUAUUAUAACACUAGUGGUGAUGAGAUUUCCAGCACAAGAGCAAUUACAGACAAAAUUGAGUUGAAGUCAAUCAGCCCAAGUGAUGAACUUGUUUCAUCUGAACGAAUCACCGACUCUACUAUUACACAAUCUAAUAGUACAGAAUCUACAAAUACACUUACAAAAGAGGAUGAUAGUUCAGUGAUACCUAAGGUACCUCCAGUAUUACGAAAAACAUAG